UCUCGGGCAGCCGCCGCUCCGGCAGAGCCAGAGAAAGACCGAGGCUCGGGGCGCGGGGGGGAGGGAGGGAGGGAGGGUGGCGCGGCGGCAGAGCGGCCCGGGCCAGCCGAGCAGCCAUGGGCACCGGGGUGCCGGGCCCCCCGAGAGCCAAGGCCCCCGGCCGGGGUGGGGGGCGCCCGGGCUGCCAGCCCCGCUGACACCGCCUCGGACGAUGUGAGCCGGCGCCUCCGCCGCUGCUUCGCGGGCAGGGCGCGCGGUCCCACCGGCCCGGCCGCCGCUUUUCUCCUUUGGGUGGGGGCGACCGUACAGGCCGCUCGGGCUUUGGAAGAGGGGCUGGCUGUCUUUGGCAGCUUGAUUGGGGGAGGCGACCCACACAGGGCGCUGGGAGGGUUUUUUUUUUUUUUCUUUUCUUUUUUAAAGCAGGGUUAACUGUUUUUGGCAGCUUGGUUUGGGGGGGAGCCUAAAAAGGCCUUUCGGGGUUUCUUUUUUCGGGGGGAGGGGGCGGUGGUCCCGACUUGGCGAGCCGCCUGUUGGAGGGGGGGAGCGGGAAGCGGGGGGAUGCGAACCCGGCUCCCCCCAUCAUGAUGAAGACGGAGCCGCGGGGGCCCGGGGGUCCCCUCCGGAGCGCCUCCCCGCACCGCAGCGCCUACGAGGCGGGCAUCCAGGCGUUGAAGCCGCCCGACGCGCCCGGGCCCGACGAGGCACCCAAGGCGGCCCACCACAAGAAAUAUGGCUCCAACGUCCACCGCAUCAAAAGUAUGUUCCUGCAGAUGGGCACGACGGCGGGGCCGCCGGGCGAGGCGGGCGGCGGCGCGGGCCCCAGCGAGGCCCCGCGGGCGCCCGAGCGCGGCGUGCGCCUGUCGCUGCCGCGGGCCAGCAGCCUGAACGAGAACGUGGACCACAGCGCCCUGCUCAAGCUGGGCACCAGCGUGUCGGAGCGCGUGAGCCGCUUCGACUCCAAGCCCGCGCCCUCCGCGCAGCCCGUGCCGCCGCCGCACCCGCCGUCCCGGCUGCAGGAGACGCGGAAGCUGUUCGAACGGAGCGCCCCGGCGGCCGCGGGCGGCGACAAGGAGGCCGCGGCGCGGCGGCUGCUGAGGCAGGAGCGCGCCGGCCUGCAGGACCGGAAGCUGGACGUCGUGGUGCGCUUCAACGGCAGCACCGAGGCGCUGGACAAGCUGGACGCCGACGCCGUGUCGCCGACGGUCAGCCAGCUCAGCGCCGUCUUUGAGAAGGCCGACUCGAGGACCGGCCUCCACCGUGGGCCCGGGAUCCCCCGGGCCGCGGCCGCCGGGGUUCCCCAAGUCAACUCGAAGCUGGUCAGUAAGCGCUCCCGCGUGUUCCAGCCGCCACCGCCACCGCCCGCCCCGUCGGGGGAUGCCCCAGCCGAGAAGGAGCGCGGCCCCGGAGGGCAUCAGCCCCCGCAGCACCGAGUGGCCCCCGCCCGGCCGCCCCCCAAGCCCCGGGAGGUGCGCAAGAUUAAGCCGGUGGAGGUGGAGGAGAGCGGGGAGUCGGAGGCCGAGGCGGCGCCCGGGGAGGUGAUCCAGGCGGAGGUGACGGUCCACGCGGCCCUGGAGAAUGGCAGCACCUUGGCAACCACAGCCAGCCCCGCGCCGGAGGAGCAGAAGGCCCAAGCCGCCCUCGAGGAGGCGGCGGCGGCGGCGGCGGCGGCGGCGGCGGCGACCUUGGCGGCGCCUGAGAGAGGGGUGGGCAAUGGACGGGCCCCGGACGUGGCCCCCGAGGAGGCAGAUGAGUCCAAGAAGGAGGACUUCUCGGAGGCGGACUUGGUGGACGUGAGCGCCUAUAGUGGGCUGGGGGAGGACUCUGGGGGCAGUGCCCUGGAGGAGGACGACGACGAAGAUGAGGAGGAUGGGGAGCCCCCCUACGAGCCCGAGUCGGGGUGCGUGGAGAUCCCAGGGCUCUCGGAGGAAGAGGACCCGGCCCCGAGCCGGAAGAUCCAUUUCAGCACGGCGCCCAUCCAAGUGUUCAGCACCUACUCCAACGAGGACUACGAUCGUCGCAACGAGGACGUGGAUCCCAUGGCGGCCUCAGCUGAGUACGAGCUGGAGAAGCGAGUGGAGAGGUUGGAGCUGUUUCCCGUGGAGCUGGAGAAGGACUCCGAGGGCCUGGGCAUCAGCAUCAUUGGCAUGGGGGCCGGGGCAGACAUGGGCCUGGAGAAGCUGGGCAUCUUCGUCAAGACCGUGACUGAGGGUGGCGCAGCCCAUCGGGAUGGCAGGAUCCAGGUGAACGAUCUCCUGGUGGAGGUGGAUGGAACGAGUCUGGUGGGAGUGACCCAGAGCUUUGCAGCCUCCGUGCUCCGGAACACCAAGGGCCGCGUGCGGUUUAUGAUUGGCCGGGAGCGGCCAGGCGAGCAGAGUGAGGUGGCCCAGCUAAUUCAGCAGACCCUGGAACAGGAGCGAUGGCAGCGGGAGAUGAUGGAGCAGAGAUAUGCCCAGUAUGGGGAGGAUGACGAGGAGACUGGAGAGUAUGCCACUGACGAGGAUGAGGAGCUGAGCCCCACGUUCCCGGGUGGUGAGAUGGCCAUCGAGGUGUUCGAGCUGGCAGAGAAUGAGGAUGCCUUGUCCCCUGUGGACAUGGAGCCCGAGAAGCUGGUGCACAAGUUCAAGGAGCUCCAGAUCAAGCAUGCUGUGACUGAGGCCGAGAUCCAGCAGCUGAAGAGAAAGCUGCAGAGCCUGGAGCAGGAGAAGGGCCGGUGGCGGGUGGAGAAGGCCCAGCUGGAGCAGAGUGUGGAGGAGAACAAGGAGCGCAUGGAGAAGCUGGAGGGCUACUGGGGCGAGGCCCAGAGCCUGUGCCAGGCUGUGGAUGAGCACCUGCGGGAGACCCAGGCCCAGUACCAGGCCCUGGAGCGCAAAUACAGCAAGGCCAAGCGCCUCAUCAAGGACUACCAGCAGAAGGAGAUCGAGUUCCUGAAAAAGGAGACUGCACAGCGCCGGGUUCUGGAGGAGUCGGAGCUGGCUAGGAAGGAGGAGAUGGACAAGCUCCUGGACAAGAUCUCAGAACUGGAAGGAAACCUGCAAACACUGAGGAAUUCCAAUUCCACUUAACAGGAAUCAUUCCUAACCGGACAAUAAUUAAUCCCCUCCCAUUGUCCUCCCUCCCCUGUCCUCAAAACUCCACCCCGCCCCCUACCAGCCUGGGGACAGGUGCCCCGACUCCCCCACCCCUCCACCCCACCUCCCCCAGCUUCAGGGACCAGAGGGCCCAUAUCACAGGCCCCCUUAAGGUGGCCCGGGCAGACAGAGGUGGCUGGAAGGACGGCCUCCUUGCCCCAUGGGGCUGAGGCACAGAGGCCAAGGGAUGUCAAGGGUGGGCCUGGGUGGUGGAUGGACACAAGGACCUGCAGACGAAACUGCCAGACUUUACAACCUCCAGCCUUUGUCUCUGGACUGGAAUGGGGCUGGGGGCUUUCCCAGCAUCUCACCACCUGGAGGCUGCUUCCUGCCCAUGGGGCUCCUGGGUGGCCCCUGGGCCUCUUGACUUGAGAUUCUACCUUCUUGGCCCUUCCCCCUCCCCCCAUCAUUGUGCUGUCUCUGUUGCAUUCUGACCCUCCCGCUGGGGAGAGGUUGCCUCCACACCUCCUCCCGUCCCUGUCCCUCCUCCUGGAGGGAGAGUCCACCCCAGAGCCUGGAGGCUGGGCCUGGCCCUGCACUGAUUUCUCACAUAUUCUUCAGGAAAGGGGGAGAGUCCAGGGCAUCUGGGCCCCAGCUCCCCCUUUCCUGGGGCAGCAGCCCUCAAUUUCUCCUUGUGCCUCCCUUCCCCCAGGUGCCAAAUAGCCAUAACCUCCUCCUGGAACUGUUCUGUGCCCUCUGGGGUCCUGGUUUCCUGGCCAAAGCUGGGAAUGCCAGAGAGAGAGGAGGUCAGCUUAGGAGGCCUGGCUGCAAGACCCCGGCCUUAGGCAAGGGGGACAUUUCUCGCUGGAGAGCCAGGCCCUGCCCUGCCCUGCCCAGGGCCACACCUGGAAGCCUUGUACUAACAUCGCAGAGACUCAGCCUCCCCCACCCACACUGUUUUCCAAUGUUUUGACUGGAGGGCAAAAUUUUACUACUUCGCAUCUUUUUGGAGACCAGGGCUGCCCUGCUGGCAGCCUGCUUCCUAAGUGAAAUUGACUCCGUUUCCCCACUGUAACCCCAAAUUGGGGCUUGGACCAAGGGAGGUGAGACCCCCCCCCCCCCGGCCCCCCCCCCUUUCAGAAUCCAUCUCUCAUUUUGCCUCUUUCUCAUGCCCCUGCCCCAGACUGGGUUUUUGUUCAUUUUUUAACAACAGACAACCCCUAGCCCAUCCGUUUGGCUUCUCCUUGUCCCCUGUAAAUAGACCAUGCCAUCAAUCAGUAUUUCUCAGCCCUUCUUCCAGCCCCCAGACGUGCCCCCACCCCCUGAAGAGCUGGCUGUCACAGUGCCGGGCCCACGCGCUUAGCCUCCUGCGCCCCGGCAGAUGGAGGGGGCGGGUCCGCGGGGCGCUUCCUGUUUCUCGGCCGGUGGCCGCCCCUGCCCCGCCCUCCGCAGGACCGCGUCUCUGUAUAUAAUAUAUAUAUGUAUGUAUUGUUCCCGGUUUUGUACGGACCAUGCCCUCUGUCAGGUCGCCCCCAUAAAAGCAGCCCCCAGAGCCUCGC